GGCGUUGGCGGAGGCGCCGGACUCUGUCCGGACGGACCCCGGGGCCGCCGCCACUUCCUGGUCGCACCUGGGCCGGGGGCCGCGGUCACCGCCGCGAUGCUGCCCCACACCGUGAACUUCAAGGUGUCGGCGCGCAUCCUCACCGGGGCGCUCAGCGCGCACAACCGGACGGCCGUGGACUGGGGCUGGCAAGGUUUAAUUGCCUAUGGAUGCCAUUCGCUUGUGGUAGUGAUUGAUUCCAAUACUGCCCAGACGCUUCAAGUUUUAGAAAAACAUAAAGCUGAUGUUGUCAAGGUUAAAUGGGCCAGGGAAAAUUACCACCAUAACAUUGGCUCACCAUAUUCCUUGCGCUUAGCUUCCGCCGACGUCAGUGGGAAGAUCAUCGUGUGGGAUGUUGUCGCCGGCCUGGCGCAGUGUGAGAUCCAGGAGCACGCCAAGCCCAUUCAGGAUGUGCAGUGGCUGUGGAAUCAGGACGCGUCCCGAGACCUGCUGCUCGCCAUCCACCCUCCCAACUAUAUCGUGCUCUGGAAUGCAGACACGGGCACCAAACUCUGGAAGAAGAGCUAUGCGGACAACAUUCUGUCCUUUUCUUUUGACCCCUUUGACCCUUCGCAUUUAACACUCCUGACCAGCGAGGGCAUCGUGUUCAUCUCGGACUUCUCCCCGUCCAAGCCGCCCGCCGGCCCUGGGAAGAAAGUGUACAUCUCCAGCCCACACUCCAGCCCCGCGCACAGCAAGCCACCUGCAGCCACAGGCGCCAAGAAAGCGCUGAAUAAAGUCAAGAUCUUAAUCACACAAGAGAAACCGAGUGCCGAGUUCGUCACUCUGAACGAUUGCCUGCAGCUGGCCUAUCUGCCCUCCAAAAGGAACCACAUGCUGCUGCUCUACCCAAGGGAGAUCCUGAUCCUCGACCUGGAGGUCAACCAGACCGUGGGUGUGAUUGCAAUAGAACGAACUGGAAUUCCGUUUCUGCAGGUAAUACCCUGCUUUCAACGUGAUGGCAUAUUUUGCCUACAUGAAAAUGGUUGUAUAACCUUACGUGUUCGAAGAUCUUACAGUAAUGUUUUCACCUCUUCAAAUGACGAACCAGACCCAGAUCCGGUGCAGGAGCUGACCUAUGACCUCCGAAGCCAGUGCGAUGCCAUCAGGGUGACCAAAACCGUGCGGCCCUUCAGCGCCGUGUGCUGCCCUGUCAACGAGAACACGGCUGCGCUGCUGGUGAGCGACGGCCGUGUCAUGAUCUGGGAGCUCAGGUCCACCGCCUGGGACCGCGGCUCCCGAAGCUGUAGCUCCGGUGUGUCGCCUUUGUACUCACCCGUGUCCUUCUGCGGGAUCCCUGUCGGUGUUCUCCAGAGCAAACUCCCAGACCUGUCCUUGGAUAACAUGAUCGGACAAAGUGCGGUUGCUGGGGAGGACCACCCCAGAAGCCCCCUCUUGCAGGAGGUGCAGCUCAAGUUCCUGCUCACGGGGCUGCUCUCGGGACUGCCCCCGCCACAGUUCGCCAUCCGGAUGUGCCCACCGCUGACCACCAAGAACAUCCAGAUGUAUCAGCCUCUGCUGGCGGUGGGCACGAGCACCGGCUCUGUGUUGGUGUACCACCUCACCAGCGGGCUGCUGCACAAGGAGCUGAGCGUCCACUCCUGCGAGGUCAGGGGCAUCGAGUGGACGAGUCUGACUGGCUUUCUCUCUUUCGCCACUUCAACACCCAACAACAUGGGAUUAGUGAGAAAUGAGCUGCAGCUGGUCCAUCUUCCCACAGGCAGGAGCAUUGCUUUUCGAGGCGAACGAGGCAGUGAUGAAUCACCCAUCGAAAUGAUUAAAGUAUCUCAUUUAAAGCAAUAUCUGGCCAUUGUAUUCAAAGAUAAACCCUUGGAGUUGUGGGAUGUUCGGACUUGCACCAUUCUAAGAGAGAUGUCCAAGAACUUCCCCGCCAUCACUGCCCUGGAGUGGUCACCCUCACACAAUCUGAAGAGCCUGAGAAAGAAGCAGCUGGCCACGCGGGAGGCCAUGGCCCGCCAGACCGUGGUCUCCGACACGGAGCUGAGUGUGGUGGAGUCGUCCGUGAUCAGCUUGCUGCAGGAGGCGGAGAGUAAGUCGGAGCUCAGUCAGAACAUCUCUGCCCGCGAGCAUUUUGUGUUCACCGAUAACGAUGGCCAAGUGUACCACCUGACCGUGGAGGGGAACUCGGUGAAGGACAGCGCGCGCAUCCCGCCCGACGGCAGCAUGGGCAGUAUCACCUGCAUCGCGUGGAAGGGUGACACACUCGUUCUCGGGGACGCGGAUGGAAAUCUCAACUUCUGGGACCUGAAAGGCAGGAUGUCCAGAGGGAUCCCGACGCAGCGCAGCUGGGUCAGGAAGAUCCGUUUCGCUCCUGGCAAAGGAAACCAGAAAUUAAUCGCCAUGUACAACGACGGCGCAGAAGUCUGGGACACCAAGGAGGUGCAGAUGGUAAGCAGCCUGAGGAGCGGGCGGAACGUGCCCUACCGCAUCCUGGACGUGGACUGGGGGACCUCGGACAAGGUGAUCCUGGCCACCGACGACGGCUGCAUCCGCGUGCUGGAGAUGUCCAUGAAGGGCGCCUGCUUCCGGAUGGACGAGCAGCAGCUCACGGAGCCCGUGUGGUGCCCCCACCUGCUCGUGCCCCGGGCCUCGCUCGCCUUGAAAGCCUUCCUGCUGCACCAGCCUUGGGAUGGGCAGUACACGCUGGACAUCACUCAGGUUGAUUAUCCAGAAAAUGAUGAAGUCAAGGGUCUCAUGCAAGAGCAGCUGAAUUCACUGUCUAACGACAUCAAGAGACUCUUGCUCGACCCGGAAUUCACCCUCCUGCAGAGAUGCCUGCUUGUUGCAAGGCUCUACGGUGACGAGUCCGAGCUGCACUUCUGGACCGUGGCUGCCCACUACCUGCACAGCCUGUCACAGGAGAAGGCAGCCAGCACCUCUGAGGCCAAGGAAACCGCCCCCCAGAGCAGAGCGAGUGACCCCCUGGACAUCUGCUACGACAUCCUCUGUGAAAACGCUUACUUCCAGAAAUUUCAGCUGGAAAGGGUUAAUCUCCAGGAAGUGAAACGGUCCACGUAUGAGCAUACAAGAAAGUGUACUGACCAGCUGCUUCUCCUCGGCCAGACAGACCGGGCGGUGCAGCUGCUGCUGGAGACGAGCGCCGACAACCCCCACUAUUACUGCGACUCCCUCAAGGCCUGCCUGGUCACCACCGUGACCUCGUCCGGCCCCUCCCAGAGCACCAUCAAGCUGGUGGCCACCAACAUGAUCGCCAACGGCAAGCUGGCAGAGGGGGUCCAGCUGCUCUGCCUCAUCGACAAGGCUGCCGACGCCUGCCGCUACCUGCAGACCUACGGCGAGUGGAGCCGGGCCGCCUGGCUGGCCAAGGUCCGGUUAAACUCUGAAGAGUGUGCCGACGUGCUGAAGAGGUGGGUGGACCACCUCUGCUCCCCGCAAGUCAACCAGAAGUCCAAGGCCCUCCUGGUCCUGCUCUCCCUGGGCUGCUUCUCCAGCGUGGCCGAGAUGCUCCACAGUAUGAGGUACCUGGACCGGGCCGCCCUGUUCGUGGAGGCGAGUCUGCAGCACGGCGUGCUCCCGCUCAGCGCCGAGACCCAGAAGCUCCUGUCCGCCGUCUACGUGGAUUACGCCCGGAGUCUGCGGACCCUCGGCUUCCGGCAGGGCGCUCUGCUCUUCGCCUUGAAAGCGGGACCCGCGGGCAGAGACUUGGUGGCCGAGCUGGAAUCCCCCAAGCUGGAAGAAGAGUGACCGGGAACAAUACCACCGGGGUCGGGGUCGGGCCCCGCGAGUCGCCCUGCUCCUGGGCUGCUGGUCUGGCCCAGUGGUCGGCCCCGCACACGCGAGGCUGCGUCAGAUGAGCUGGGACUGGCGGCCUGCCGCGCCCCGGGGUGUCUGGAGGGACCCAGAGUUUGGAUCUUUCUGAAUUCUCAGGACAGGCGACUGGGCUGCCUUGCCCUGGGCCACGUUAAAAGCUGGUGGCAGCGUCUUGCUCUGCAGCGACAGCGUCUUCCGCCCCAUCCUGGAUGCACCCGCGGAGUCACGGGCUGUGGCUCUUUCUGGGUCGUUUCAGACUCGGGCACCGAGGGAGUCCCUGAGCAUGGUUUGUGGGGGCUCCGGUACUUCUACUUGGUGCUCCCUCCGAGCGACACAGCAGUGGCCUCCCUCUGUCUCUGUGCAUUCAUUCCCCGACUUUACAUUCCUCCCGUACCCGAAGGCAGAGACAACAAGAAUGAACG